AUGGUUUCGUGUCUUCUUCUUGCAACCUUGCCUCGCCAGAUUCGCCAGCGCACCGUUCUCGAGUCUCAAUCUUUCAUUCUACCGACUGACCAGCAGAUAGUACUUCCCGAUCCUGGUUAUCAGUCUGAAUUUCCCAUGACUUACUUCAGCUCCUCUCCAAACCCCACAUCCGAAUACACAUGGGUUUGUCCGGGACCGAGCCGGUUGGAUGAUCGUAACAGUGGGGCCUGUCCCAUGUCAAGCAGCGGCGGGUACAGAUGUUGCGUCCAUGCAGGAACUGGAGUUGCAGUCGUGGACAACCUUUGUUGCCCGAGCAAGGAGGAGCAGCAAAGGGUGUCUGCACUCGUGCCUUCACGAACAGAGCUCGAGAAGAAGUUGGAGACUGUCCUUGCAAAGGAAGUGAUGAAGUUGGAGAAGGAGCAGCAUCCCGACCCUGCUCCCAGCAGCAUCGCCUCUUACAUCUCAUCAAGAGAGUCGCGCGAUGAUCUCAACAGCUACUUCAACAGCCUGUCAGACAAGGUCAAGAGCAAGAGAUCGAUGAAGGACGGUGAGUCGCGCAACGAUCUUCAGAGCUUCUUCUCCCUGCUGGAGAAAGGGGAUCUCGCAGGCCUGCUGUUCCAUCGCAAACCCGCGCCGCCAGUCCGAUACCCAGACCCCACGGAGGACAUCGAGAAAGUGGCAGAUCGAUACGCGGAGAAGGUGCAUAAGAAGCUGGAGCAGCAAGGAGCAGAGAAUCAGCGCGUCGAAUAUGAGAUGUGGAGAGACAGGUCCACAGCAAAGGAGCCAAGAGAGACAUUCUUUGAGCGAGCAAGGAGACAGCAAAAGAGGCAGCAAGAGAUAGCCGCAAGGAGCGGGAAUGAGGCUGCCGAGCAGUGGCAGAGGAAGAAGAUUCAUUUCUACACUGCGAAGCUCGCACCUGAGGGUAGAGUAAGGCAGGAGCACGGCAAAUUGGUGUUGCCGUUCGCCGAUGUCAACAACAUGAAUUAA